AUGAGUUCUGAAGUGCAGCAACAAAUUCAGCAGGAUUGGGAUAACAGAGAAUUCAUAGAAAUUGUCUCUGAGGGAAUAAAAAAGAUUGCAGAGUUCCUAAACGACUUUGGUAAGCCAAAGAUUUUCUCACUUUGACGGACUACUGCAAUGAGCAAUAUUGUUUUCUACAGUUAAAAAGUCAAGUUAUGUAGUCUUAGAAACAUAAAAUGUUAUGUCUGCACUAAUUUGUACAUGUUUUGUGGUAUGCUGUGACUAAAUCUUAAUUUAGAAGCGAUGCAUAGACUCUUUUUAAUACCACAUCUCUUCAAAUGCCAGAUAUGUCAUGCAGAUCAAGAUUAGCGAAGAUAAAUGAUCAACUAACAUCACUUGAACAGAGAGUGGAAUUUAUUGAAGCCAGAGUAAGUAGCCCCUGAGCCUCGUUCAGGGACACGCAACGACGGUUUCUUCCUAAAUACAUUGGAAUCGUUUUUAAGGGUAUCUUGGGCUCAAACUUGCCUUGGUGUAAAAACCAGUGUGAAACUCACAAUAAAUUGACUUAAAACAAUGAAUACAAGAAGCCACUGAGAAGUCAACAAAAUAGAGCCAAGGAAAAAUAAUAGCUAAAAAACAAAGGAAAACUUCUCAGGUUUUUACACCGAUGUAAACCCCUAUUCAGAGUACUUUUUAAAAUACUCUGAAUCGAUCUCAAGAAUUGCAUUCUAAACGGUGCUAUGAAAUUUUUUUGCCUGUUCAGUCAUCCUACGGGAACUUGAGUCAUUUUGAAUCUACAAGGGCCUCAGUAUUACUUUCCCAAAAAUAUUUUAAAUGCAAUUAAACAUAUUACAGAAGUGAGCAUUUUUCUGAUUCUUCUGUAUGUCCAUCACAUUUUGGAAUCCGAAAAUUUUAGGUUUCCUUUUUGUACGAAAAAAUUAGCCUAACCUGGGUAGUGAAAGGUAAAGAAUUGAACUUCAUUUGGAAAUAAGUAGAAAAGCUUCGAAAAAUCUACAUGAAGAGAAUUACGGUUAUCUAGAAAAUUGUAACCGUCCUCAAAACAAUAGAAAAUUUUAGGCAAUAUUUGCUUCUCUGAACAGAUAUUUUACAGAAACAGUCAUUGGGUGUCCCUUCAAAUCCCUGGACCAAAAUUUAACCCCCCAAAAAUCCCAUGAUGCAGAAUUUCUGAGCCAUAAAAAUUUAUUCGUGGAAGUACACGGCCGGGAUACGUGGGAAAAAAAAAAUCCGUACUUAAAAUUAUGAAGCUACCCCAAAAAAUACUUGCCAAAAUUUUCCAGCCCAAAAAAUCCUGAAAACGAAAAUUUCAAACCCCAAAAUUCCUUUGAUCAUCCUGUCACUUGAUAUCUGGAGUACCCAGGGUUCCAGCCUAGCACCCCAGUCCAGGGUUUUCUUUUAAGGACUUUACAAAUUUACAAGCAGUGGCAGAUCCCGACCUUCAGAUAAGGAGCCGGGGUGGGGGGGAGGGCAGGGGGGGUGUGAUAAGCGGGGGGCCCAGUCUCAAAAAAAAAUUUCAGGCCUUCGGGCCUCAGUCUGGUCUUAAAAUAAGGGGGAGGUCACUGACAAGUCGGUAUUCUGUCAUGGUAGCUAACCCAUAAAUUGCGUCUGGCUUAUUUUCCUGUGAAAAAGUUUGAGCUUGGGCAUUGUUAAUUGAAACAGGAGCCCAAUAAAACAUACUCCUAUUGUAAUCAAUGCUAAUUCCCCUCUCCCUUUCCAUAUUCUGGACCAUUUGAUGGGGACUUUGUUUCAAAGGUAGUAGCUCAAGACAAACCUGGAUUACAGGAAUUGAGUCUGACUGCAGUGAUAUUAUGGUGUAAUCAGCAAAUAAUUUAUGCUAAAAUCAGGCUGCCACCAAUCACAAAAUCGAUUCUUUGUCUGAGACAAAGUACUUCACCAGUGAUACAUUUCUUGCCUGCCAAAAUGAAAUGUGAAUUUUUAAGUCAAAAUUAUUAUUCUUUGACUUUUGAGCAAAAGGAAAAGUUUUCUAAGUCUCAUAGACUCUCUCAACCUCGAAAACACCCAGCUAUUCUCAGGUAUUUCUUUAUGUAAGACCUCACUGAUGAUUUUUGAGGUGCAGGCCAUAACAAUCAAAGGUUAAAACACUCUUGCUCCAAUGCUCCAGUGUAAGUUUCACUUGACAGAUUGUCGAAACAUGCGUGAUUAGAUUACAAGUGACAGAAGGUCAUAUACGCUUGAUCAGAUUGCAAUCUGUGUAUUGCAUUCAUUCUUAGUGGGAGUCGAAACAAAGCUACAUGUACAAUCGGCAACAAAAUGAGUUGAGACACUUUGCCCUAGACCAGGGUUUUUUUACAUUUUACUGACUUCAAAAGGAGGAAAUAUAGCUUUUCCUCCCCCAUCCCCUCCAUGCAAUGCUGUGCUGAUGUUCAAACUACCUAUACAAGACACCAAACACCCCAACUUUGAAUGGAGGGGACAGGGGAGGGGUGCAGAUUCUUUGGUUCUCUGAAGGUAUCCUAUUUGAGUACAAUGUCUCAACAGUUUUGUUGCCGAUUGUAGCUACAUAUGUGGCGUGCAUGAAUAAUAGUAAUGUGGAGAUAAGGAUUGCAGGCUCCUUGUUGCCUGCAAUUGAGAAAGCAGAUUAAUAAGCUUAUUUUGAAUUUGAAAUUGUUGAUGCUGAGUAAAAUAUUAUAAUAUUAUUGCUCAUCUCAUUGCCUGCGGUUACUGUAUUUUGUUUUUUGCAGGUUACAAAGGGUGAAACUCUAUCAUAACAUUUUGAUGCUUGGCACUUUAAAAUCAUUACAGGUGACAAGAAAUUAAAUCCAAAGACAUUGAUGCCUAUUUUAGGGAAUAGUGAAAAAUAGCAUACUUGAUUAUUAUAAUGAGGUCAUUUCAAAUAAUAGUUUGCUCAUACAGGCAAGUUUUUGGGCUUCAUGUUAUUUCAGUUUGUAUUUUGUAUUAAUUGUACAGUAUCAUUUUGCAAACCAUGCAAGUUUGUAUUAAUAAAAUCAUGGCUACUCUAUGCUCACAUUCAUCUGAGUGGGUAGUGGUGAAAUACUAGAGUGUAGAAACAGUGCUCAAGGUGUUAUCAUGUCACAAUCUCAGUUGUCUGUUGAAGAAAUCCUAUAGAACAAUCAUGCCCUUUUCUUUGUUUUUGUGCACCAGUUAGCACUCAAAAGAUGGUAGUGGUUACAUACUGGGGUGUAGUAACAGUUCCCAAGGUGUGCUCAUUUCAAGAUGUCAGUUGUCUGUUUAAAAAAUCAUGUGGAGCAAUCAUUCCCUUUUCUUUGUUUUUGUGCGCUGGUUAAGCACUCAAAAGAUGUACGAGUGGGUAGUGGUUGAAUACUGGAGUGUAGUAACAGUGCACAAGGUAUUUUCAUUUCAUGAUCUCAGUUGUCUGUUGAAGAAAUCCUAUGGAGCAAUUAUUCUAUUUUCUUUUAAAUUCAAUAUUUUUAUGUUUUGUGUGCCAGCCCUCUUCACUGCUUCCACGUUGUCUUUGCUAAAUCUGCCUUAUGUCAACAAUGCUAGCCUGAAUUUCAGCCGCCUCUUGUGCUGAAGGCUGGUUUUCACUAGUGACGGAGUCAGAGUCGGAGUCGGAGCCGGAGUUGUAAUCAGAAGCAUAGAGCUUAUGAUCGAAUGAAAACAGCGUUCUGAUUUCACUUACGUUUCAGUCACUUCCGUUCCGCUUAUGACCUAGUGAAAACUAGAUUGUCAGAGUCGGAAGCAGAAGCAGAAGAACCAAACCAAUCACAAAGCGUGGGAAUGUGCAUUGUGAUUGGUUUAUCCUUCCACUUCUGCUUCCGACUUCCAACAAUCUGGUUUUCGCUAGAUCAUAAGCGGAACAUAAGCAAUGGAGUCGUACGUGGAGUUGGAAGAAAUGGAAACAUUCUGAAUCUUCUGACACCGAUUCCGUCGUGCUUAUGACUCCAUUUACGACUCCGAUUUUUGAUUUUCACAAGCUGAUAAGCGCUCUUACGACUUCCAAUCCGACUCUGUCACUAGCGAAAACCAGCCUUUAGUUGCUUGGGGAGUGAUUUAGCAAGGGGAGAUGGCAGCUGAAAUUCAAGCUACGGCAGUGCAAACCUAAGGGAUGUAACAUACAGCAAAAACUGAACUUUUCUUAAUGUUAUUAUACCGUAAAAUUCCAAAAAUAAGCCCCUCCAAAUAUAAGCCCCCUAAACUGGUAAUGCAAAAAACCCUCCGUUAAAUCACCCCUCCAAAUAUAAGCCCCCCGGGGGCUUGUACUUGGAAAAUUGCCC